CUGAGGUGGUUUGGAAAAGCUCCAAGGAACAUGUGCCACUCGGCGCGGAACGUGACAGCGUAAGGACGUCCAUACGCGGGUGUCAGGUGUAUCCGGCAGACGGUGUAGGUAGACGUGAUGGUGACUAAGGGCAGCAGUGCGAUAUUUUAACCACACCAAAUGGGGUGUGUCAUUUGUGGGAUUUCUUGCAACCCUUGAGCUCAAUCCAUCCAAGAUAUCCAUGAGAAGAGAGAACAAAGCUCAAGGUUUUCCAAAGUUUGAAAUUUGAAAAAUGUCCUUCAAAGGACACCAUUGUUCCCUUCCGGCAGUUCUCCGACUGGGUGACUCCGAAACACAUCUUCCACCAAUCCUGCCCGGUACAACACUGGCCGCACGGUUUCUUCGCCAUAUCCGUACCCUGCUGCUGCUCUCGCCCGAUCAUCCCGAAACACACAUCUACUAUCGCAGCCGAACGAAGAUCGCGGCCGAGAAUGCAAGACUGGUCCGGGAGUUGCCACCGUUCAUCGUGCACCCGUUCAGCAGCUUCCGAAAGUGUUGGGAAAUGAUGAUGUACUUCGUGCUAACGCUACAUCUAGUGACGCUUGCGUUUGCGUUCGCAUAUGCUCCCCAUCUGCCGUACAACGUCCUGUGGAGGAUCCAACUGUUCGACUGUGUGCUGUGCGCGAUGCUUGGAACCGAGUUUACACUUAAGCUGGUUACUGGAUACGUACGCCAAGGGGAAGUGAUAUUGGAACCGAGUCGGAUUGUGCGGUAUCGGUUGCGCUGGUGGAAUGUGGCCAAUCGGAUGUUGCUUUUCGUACCGUAUGUGCUACUGUUGGACGAGUUGGUACGUGCCUUUUAUCAGGAUGCAGUGACCGCAUACCUCUGUCUAGUGAUCUACCUGUAUCUGCUUUGCAUUUGGCGCUUCCGCUCUAUCAACUGGUACUUCUCGACGGUUGCUCGAAGUCUGUUCGGGUUGUCCGAAAAGCAGAUUCGCUAUCUAGAACCCAUCAUGGAUACGCUGUACGUACUCCACUGGACAUCCUGCCUAUUGUACGUCGUACCGAUGCUAACACUAUCACUGCUCGGGAACAAUGAGUUUGAGGCCAGCUUUCUGGUGGAUGUGCUUUGGAGCCAUGAUCAGCAUCGAGAUGCAGCCCUAUACCCAAUCACCCACAGGUCUCGUUUACCUCCAAUCAGCAACGUUCGAGCUUACUUCCAGGAGCACCUACCGAAAUCGUCCGUGUGCGGUGAUUUCCUUGCCGCACGCCUUCAUGAUGUGGAGCACAAUGUUUCGGUAAUGUAUCGAUAUCUGCGCGCCAUGAUGAUCACGCUCAAGAUCAGUGUACAGGGAGGACACUCACUCUCCGUGUCCCAUGAUUUCCUGCACGAAUGGACACAAUCCCUACUGCUGCUCGGUGGUUGGAUUUGGUCCACCUACAUCUUGCUCCUGCUGAUCCGUACCAUCAUAACGGCGGACGCUAGUGAGACACAGUACGAUGAGAUACUGAACGAGAUCGAUGCAUUCUCCCGCCGGAUGCGUCUCGGGAACGAUAUCAACCGAAAGAUGAGUCGCCAGUUUGCUUGCCACUAUCGGAUGCAUUACUUCGAUGUGCGUCCGAUUCAGAUACAAGCGUCGGAUAAUUUGCGUCGCACGGUGCUGAUGGAGAUCGCUUUCCAACCGUUCCUGGCACGGUGUGAUGUGUUCCGCGAUCUUCCACCGUACGUGCUGCAGGACAUUGCGGAUGAGCUGCAGUUUGGGAUAUAUCUCGAGCAAGACACGAUCAUCGCGUCAGGUAGUGCGGCUGAUACGAUGUACUUUCUUGCGGUCGGUACCGCUGCCGUCUAUACGCCCGAUGGUGUGGAAUUGGGUCAUCUGAUCGAUGGUGCCAACUUUGGUGCAAUUGCACUCUUUCGCACGGAUGCACAACGCACGGUGAAUGUUGUGGCGUUGGAGGUGUGUGAGGUGUAUCGGCUAGAGAGAACAAACUUUCGGAAGCUUUUUAAACCACACAACUAUCUACUGGGACAGAUUGUUAAGAUUGCGGAGAAACGCAUCCUGGAGAGGAAUUUGUCCAUUAACGAAUUACCCGACGAGCAGUACUACGAUACGUUCUUUUACUAACUUGAUGAGAGUUGAACACCUUGUGGAUCUUUUAUAAAUAUUCCUCUUUUUGCAGCUGCCCAGAGGUGAAUAAAUAAAUAUUUUAUUAUGUAUUUUGAAGCAAAAUAGUCCUUCCAUGUCAUCAAGCCAAGCUUCUUGAGGUUGUAAUGCUAUAGCAAAAAAAAAUGUUAUAGCUAUCAUUUAUUUAUUAUAUUUUAUCAUUUACAACAACAAAAAAACCAUUAGUCUUUAAACGCACCAUUAGUAUCGACCACUCAGCUCAUCAAUUUCCCUGAACGGGGUUUCCGGAUCGUCUACUCGGUUCACCGGUCGCUAGUGCCGAUCUUACGCAACGAUUGCUUGAACGUUCACACGCCAAAACUGGACCGAAACCGUACAAGCGCAAAGACAAACCAUGUGAGCCGGAGAGCCGAUCGUAUUUCCGCAUUUGGAAUUGUGUCGAUUGUGACAGUCGAGUCAGAAGGGGACGAAGCGAAUGGUAAAAACCGCACAACCUGCUAACCGAUGCUGAAGCCAACGACCGGUGUGGUGCGUCCUUCGCAACAAAAAAACACGUUCAUAUCCUUGACCGAGGCCGAGACGGUACGUGAACCGUACCAUUAAGUCAUCCACACGCUGUGUUUCGUUGCCGUUGGCUUUCGGAGUGCUAAUUAUCAAUUCCAAACUAUUCGUCCAAAGAGACCAAUGAUUGCGAGCCGGAAAGAUGCGCAUAAAAUCCAUAACCUAUUUGUUUGACAAAAUAUUCACCAGCCCCCGUGUGGCAGUUGUAACUGGUAGCUUUUGGUUUGGUAAAAAAAAACAGGAGAAAGCUUCCCAAACGGAGUCUCCAAGCAGGAGAAACAAGCAAGCGCAC